CUUGAAUGAUCUAAGCAAUCCAAAAAUUUGACACCUGUGCGACAUUUUGUCGCCGCCAGAACCAUGCUCAAACAACCGUCCAAUCUGUCCACAACAGCGUCCUCCAAUAGUAAUACCAACAGUGGAAAUACUGCACCCUUGAUUUCAUUGGGAGAACACCAUCAAGAUCCAUUUGCUACGACAUUGGAUACAACAAAAGCAGUAGCACCAUCAGAUCCAUUUGCGCAAGAGACUACUACACAACAGCAAGAACAAACGAUACAGACAGACCUCCUGGGGAUCAAUAAUAAUGGCAGCAACCUCCCAGAAUCCAAUCCACAACAACAACAACCCGACAACAAGGAGGAAGGUGUGGUAGACUUGCUAUCCAUGUAGGCGUCAGAAUCUAAUAGAGCACGAAUAAGAGGACUGGAGACUGUGCGGGUGCCGUCACACCCUGUUUUGAUUUGAUAUCUCGAGAGUAGCCCACUUUUUAUCAUACCACUGCCGUACCGUACAGUAGCACUUCACGGUAACUAAAAGCGACUAGCUAGA